AUGUAUGGCGAGUUUAGAAUUACGUGUCAUUCCGAGGACAUGUAUGCCGAGUUUACAAGAAGAGCCCUUUCAAUUGUAAAGUCACCCGAAGAAAGGUCCAUCUACCAACUGCACUUCACAUGUUGGCCAGACAAAGGCAUUCCUGAUGAUGUCACAGCGAUCAUUGAAUUCAGACAAAGAGUAUUGAAUACUCCUACAACGUACAAAGGACCUACUGUGGUCCACUGCAGUGCUGGUGUGGGACGAACUGGCACGUACAUUGCUCUGGACAUCCUGACGAAGGAGGGUGAAACUGAAGGAGCGGUUGAUAUCCCUGGAUGUGUGGUGAACAUGCGACAGAACAGGCCGAACAUGAUACAGACUAUGGAGCAGUAUCAAUAUCUCCACAAGGCUGUUGUGUAUUCCCUGACUUUCAAUUGCACACCGAUCAAGGCAGAACAAUUUCAGCAAUACAUGAAGACAACAAAAAGAGCUGACUUAAACAGGCAAUUUCAGCAACUUCAGCACACCGUUGAACAGCGAUCGAAACAGGAAGCAAACGCAGUCAAAAGAAAUAAAGAACACUUGGCUAAAAACCGAGCCAAUGCAGACAUACCAGGUGAUGAAAACCGACCACGACUCUACCUUGGGUUGGAAAGUGGAUCGUCCGAUUACAUCAAUGCUGUGUACAUACAUGGUUUCAAAGAAAAACGCCGAUUUCUUGUUGCACAGACUCCCUUGCCAGAGACCGUUAAUGCCUUCCUGACAUUGGUUGUCCAAGAAAACUGCUCAUGCAUUGUCAGUUUUGAACCAGACAUGGACAAACAAAGGAAUGUUGGAAUAUACUACCCGGCGGAAAACAUGCAGGUGUUAAAGAAGGGGUCAUUUGAAGUCAGCUCUUCACGUGAAACAAGGAAACCUCACUAUGCAAUGAGAAACCUUAAAAUACGUCAUACGGGGGCGACAGGGCGCCUUCCUGAGAAAACUCUGUCCCACAUUCAGUUCACUGAGUGGGAUGAAAUUAAGAAUGUCCCUCUUUCUGUUAAAAACUUUCUCACCUUCCUGAAUGACGUGGAGGAAACAGCAAACAAACAGAAAGAUGGACCGAUACUUCUUCAUUGUUUUGAUGGAGCAGGCCGAACGGGACUAUUCUGUGUGGUGUCAAUGCUGCUGAGGAAGAUGGCCAUAGAACACGAAGUUAGUGUUCUCAAUGCUGUUAGAAAAGUCAAGACCAUGCGACGACUGGCGAUUCCGAAUUUGGAUCAAUUCAUAUUCUGUCACGAGAGCGUCAUGGAAUACUUGCGAGCAUUUGACAAGGAUGUGUAUGCUAACUUCGCUGGUUCAAAUGAAUAGAGACGAUACAUAAGGAACAUGGAUAACAAAACCAUACAUAUUUGGAACGCUAGUUUCAAACAAAAAGACAGUGUUGCAAUUUUUAUUAAUAGUAUUUUUGCUUUGUUUUGUGUUCUUACUAUAAACUUUACACUGAAGAUUUUAACUAUAACACAAUAUUUGUAUAUAAAAUACUGAUAUACCAAACAGCGCC